GGAGUUGAAGAAGGUAACCAGUGCAUGAAUUGUGUCAGUAUUGUUUUUGUGAAACUAACCAACAAAAUGCCUGCUACUUCUGACAUACACACAGCCGCACCUAGUAAGAACGAGGAGCCUAAGAAAGCAGAUAGUCAGGUGGGACAAAGUUCGUUCUCUCUCUUAUGUGAUGAACGCGGGUAUCUGAACCAAUGUGAAUACAUUUUGCAACAUGGACAUCGAAAGGGAGACCGAACAGGAACGGGGGUCAUCUCAGUUUUCGGUUCACAAACGAGAUACAGUCUCCGGGAUCAGUUUCCUUUGCUGACGACGAAAAGGGUUUUCUGGAAAGGAAUUCUCGAAGAACUACUGUGGUUUAUCAAAGGCUCAACAAAUGCUAAGGAGCUCACAGAGAAAGGGGUGAGGAUCUGGGACGCAAAUGGAUCGAGACAGUUCCUGGACAAAAUGGGGUUUACAGACCGGGAGGAGGGAGACUUGGGACCCGUGUAUGGUUUCCAGUGGAGGCACUAUGGUGCAGAAUACAGCGACAUGCACAAAGAUUACACAGGACAAGGUGUUGACCAACUACAGAAGGUUAUUGACACUAUCAAGACUAAUCCAGAAGACAGGAGAAUCAUCAUGUGUGCAUGGAACCCCAAGGACCUGCCCCACAUGGUGCUGCCCCCCUGCCAUGCCCUGUGCCAGUUCUAUGUCAUUGAUGGGGAGUUGUCGUGCCAGCUGUACCAGCGCUCGGGGGACAUGGGCUUGGGAGUGCCCUUCAACAUCGCCAGCUACGCCCUCCUCACCUACAUGAUCGCCCACAUCACAGGACUCAAGCCUGGGGACUUUGUGCACACUCUGGGAGAUGCUCACAUCUACAGCAACCACAUCGAACCCCUCAAAGUGCAGCUCCAGAGAGAGAUUCGGCCCUUCCCCAAGCUGAAGCUACUCCGGACGGUUGAGAAAAUAGAUGACUUCCGUGCAGAAGACUUUGAGAUUGUUGACUACAAUCCCCACCCCACCAUCAAAAUGCAGAUGGCAGUUUAAAUGGGCUUCAAUGAACUAAUAUAUGUGUGGAUGUUGUUGGUUUUUUUUGUAAAUAAAGUUCAAUACUUUCUG